CUUGAACCCCACCAUCCUGCCAUUGGGAGAUUGGGCAAUCGCGGGGCAAUCAUUGAAAUUUCCCAGGCCGCGUUAUUGCUACUAAAUACGGUUGUGUACCUUCCUCCUUAUUUGACCCCCAAGCGGCACUUUCGUCGGAGUGACUCAGAUUUAUUCAUUUAUUCAAACCUUACCACACUUAAUAAAAUUUCUGGUAACAGCUUCCCUUGUUUUUGACAUUAUCCUUUCUCCAUCCGAAUCUUUUCUUUCUAACCCAAUUUCAGAACGUCACGAAACAAUCAUGGAGGAGAACAAGCCGGUCGAGCAGUCGAAGAGUGCCUUGAAGAAGGCCGAAAAGGAGGCCAAGAAAGCCGCCGAGAAAGCUGCAAAGGCAGCAAAGCAAGCUGCUCUUCCUGUUGUCGGUGGAAAAAAGGCGGAUGAUAUUAUCGGAAUCACCUAUUCCAAAGCCGACGACUUUGCGCAAUGGUAUCAAGAAGUCGUGCUCAAGGCCGAGAUGGUCGAGUACUACACCGAAAUUUCGGGUUUCUACAUCAUGCGCCCUGCAACCAUGCACAUCUGGAAUGUUAUCCGGAAAUGGUUCACGGAGCGUAUUGAGGCUAUGGGCGUUGACGAGACCAACUUUCCCAUGUUCUUAUCCCAGAAAUCCCUAGAAAAGGAGAAGGACCAUGUUGAAGGCUUUGCCCCUGAACUUGCAUGGGUGACGAAGGCUGGUGACAAGAACCUCGAGGUUCCCGUCGCGGUUCGUCCCACAUCCGAAGCCGUCAUGUACCCCUACUAUUCGAAGUGGAUUCGAAGCCACAGAGAUCUUCCUUUCAGACUGAACCAAUGGAACUCUGUCGUCCGGUGGGAAGCAAAACAAACUACUCCUUUCCUGAGAGCAAGAGAGUUCUUGUGGCAAGAAGGUCACACCGCACAUCUGACCGAGGAGCUUGCCGGAGAGGAAGUUUUACAGAUUCUUGAGCUUUAUGCUGGUGUUUACGAACAGCUACUAGCAGUUCCAGUUGUGCGCGGUACCAAGACCGAAAACGAGAAGUUCGCUGGUGGAUAUUACACUACUACAGUCGAGGGCUAUAUCCCUUCCAACGGACGAGGCAUUCAGGGCGCUACUUCUCAUUGCCUGGGUCAAAACUUCAGCAAGAUGUUCGACAUCACAGUCGAAGACCCGAAUGAGAAGGGAAAGCACAUCAACGUUUGGCAGAAUUCCUGGGGUCUGUCAACUCGUGUUAUUGGUGUGAUGGUCAUGAUUCAUGGUGACGACAAGGGAUUGGUCCUUCCUCCAAGGAUCGCUAAAAUCCAGACGAUCUUGAUCCCCGUUGGCAUCACCAAGAGUACUACUCCUGAAGACAAGACAAAACAUUACCAGAAACUAGAGGAGAUAAAGCAGACUCUGAAGAAGGCAGGCGUGCGCGUCGAGGAUGAUUUAAGAGAUGGGUACACCCCAGCUUGGAAGUUCAACGACUGGGAGUUGAAGGGUGUCCCAUUGCGUCUCGAGUUUGGACCGAAAGAUGCCGCCAAGGAAGUCGUCAGCUUUGCGCGCCGGGAUAAUGGUGAGAAAAGCACAAUUCCUCUAGCAGAACUGACUACGAAAGUGCCUGAGCUCCUCGAGACUAUCCAGAGCGAUAUGUACAACAAGGCAGAGAGGGCGUAUAGAGAGCACAGGGUCAUCGUGAAGAAGUGGGAUGAGGUGGUGCCCGCCUUAGAUGCCAAGAACGUUGUAAUUAUCCCCUUCUGCCUCGAUGGCAAGUGCGAGGACCAGAUUAAGGAGUUGACAACGGGUCGCACGGACGAAGAUCCCAACACGCCGGAGGCUCAGAAGGCCCCGUCGAUGGGCAUGAAGAGUUUGUGCAUUCCCUUCGAGCAGCCGGAAGGCUUGGUUAAGGGAGAGACCAAGUGUCUGAACCCAGAAUGCAAACGGCUAGCCGAGAAAUUCGUCAUGUUCGGACGAAGCUACUAAACCACCGUUUGCUAUAGAUCACAAGGAUAUCCCUUCUCGUUUGUAGCUAUGAAGAUCUUCGUUGGAGUCGGUCAGGCGGGCGUCUAAGAUAUCAAAUGCGAGAGCGGCGCAGCACUCUCGAGUCGCAGAUUAUAGUGGACCUGCUUUCGAAAUAAAUAAAAAGCUACUGAUGUGAAAAUGGCAGUUUGUCAUCACUUUCCAUAUAUAAGAGAAGAACCGUACCUAGCAAAGUGGAUUGGCUGAGUAAAGUAGGUAGGUAGUUGCGAGACUGGAGUUUCUUUCAGGACUAUAAUACGGCCUAUCUUGGAUUCUUGGCCUUUGGAUCUCACUAAUCAGGAUGCCACUCUCCCCCUUUUUAACGCCUGAGAUUAGGCUUGAGCUAUAGUGUGUGAAAUGGACGGAAUGUAACGUCGGAAGCUCUGCAAGGAAUUAUUGGUUCGUCCCGCUUUGAAUUACCUAGUCUUGAAGAGACCAGGUGAUGAUUCCGAAGUAAUUCUAAGAUAUACUAAAAAGAGGCAUCGUUUAAGCUAUACCUAAAGUCUAAUUGGUCAUUUUGC